AUGACUAUCAAAUCCUUCCUGCUUCACAGCCUGGCCCUUGUGUCUAUGCUCAUUUCUUCCACCAUCUCGCAGCCAACAGCAACCGACGCUCUAGCUGCCAAGACAGCGAUAAACAGCCGCAGGGACCUCGACGAUGACGUGAAGAAUCUGAAAAUCACCUCCCAGGGGUCGGGAUUAAACAGGGUUUACGCUGCCAAUGUUUUUGAUAAAGACAGCUGGACCCUCGAGGUGACGGUACAUCACGUGGUCAUGAUGAGUUUGGAGACGGAACUCAGGUCGGACGUCACGGACAAACUCUUGCAGGGGUGGAAAGAUUCCGAAGAGGAAACUGUAGAAGUCCAGGAGGAAGGCAAAGAAUCUAACCUCUUUCUUAAGUUGCAGAAGGCUGGUCGCGCAGACCUCAAGGACGUUGGGGAUAAUGAUCUGCAUAAGGAUGUUCUCAGGACAUUGUUCGCCCUUCGCCAGAAACUUUCGGCUGCAACUAUGACCGGGUUCCUUAAAAAGGACCACGAGCCUCAAGCGGGGGUGCGCCUUAUAUUCUCUGGAAAGAGUUAG